AUGAAAGCAGUAGCUUUCGAUUUCACACAAAAACUCUUCCCUAGAAACACCAUAGCCGCCACAACCACAAACCCUCGCCUUCAAACAACCUCACCCCGUUUCUUCCUCCAGUCCUAUCGUAUGGCCGAGCCCGUAGGAACCUCUAAUACACCCGCGCCACACCCGAUUCAACCUAAACCUGAUUCUCACGCCGACAAGAAGGAGAUUCCUCCUCCGCCGGAGAAACCAGAUCCCGACGAUUGUUGUGGUAGCGGAUGCGUUCGAUGUGUUUGGGAUGUAUAUUAUGACCAGCUUGAAGAAUAUGAUAAGCUUUACAAACAAGGGGAUCCUAACCCUAAACCCUAA